CUAAUAUAGCGGUGACGUCAGAACAUCAAUUGUUAUCCAUUCAACUAUCCAAUGCAUGCAUUUUUACAACCGUGACGUUUAGUUAUACCGCAAAAUACUACAGUGUCGCAUUCUCACGCAUUUUGUCAAUUAAAACCGGAGUGGACUAUUUGGACAGAUAUUGAUCUAGAAGUGGAAACAACAACGGACAGAAAAACAACAAUGACCGAAGUGUAUACCCAGAUGGAUAAUUCCUCUACCAUACCACAGCGACGGAAAAGAAGCAUUGAUCGGAAAAAAGUGGGAAGCGGAAACCCGUACACGUCCGUACCAUUACCACCGUGUAAAGUAUGCAGUGGAAAUGCGACCGGAUACCAUUUUGGUGUCAUCACGUGCGAGGCGUGCAAGGCGUUUUUCCGCCGAGCGCUGCUCCAUAAGCACAACUAUAAAUGUAUAAAGGACGAUACUUGUGAAAUAACAGACAAGAAAUUGGGAAAUUGUUCCGCAUGCAGGCUUAAGAAAUGCUUUGAUAUUGGGAUGUCUAAGGGAGGCGUACGUCGUGGCCGGUAUUCCAUAGCUAUCCGCACGCAAGCCAUACUGGAAGCUAAAGCGCGGGAAGCAGAGGCUACUGUCACGGACCCUGUACCCAUUAAGAAGCAGCGUUUGGACUCAGUAAAUGAAACCGAUAUGUUAGAUUCAUCUCCAGAUUCCGGAAUAGCUUUAGACGUGUUUGAUGGCCUUCUUGACUUAGAUCUUACCGAGUUCACAAUCACCGUUGAAGAUAUCAAACCGGAAGUGAAACCGGCGUUUGUCGAGAAUCACGAGAUGGAGUUCCUGAUUGACGCAAUCAUGUCGUGUCAGGAGGCUGUUUACCCAAAUCUGAAGAAACAUUAUAAAUACGCCCGUGUUAUGGAACAGCAACAUUACAAAUACUUUGAGGAGUUUAAUCUGAAAGAAGAAGUAUUUGGUGAUCUUUUUGGAACACAGAAUAGUUUUGUAUCCACAGAGGAAUAUCAACAAAUAUUUGCAGAGACCGGCCUUGACCUUGAUGAUAGGCUGACAACGUUUAACAAGAAAGGGAAGUCGAUGGAAGAAAAUAUCGCCCAGUACGUCAACUUUGCUAAACUGGUACCAGGCUUUAAGGCAUUGAACCCCAAGGAUGUGUCAAGGCUUCUCAAAGCUGCACAUAUGGAAUUCUACAUGCUUGGGAACUAUAUGUUGUGUAAUGGAAAACUCGGAGUGUGUAGUAGUGCCGACGGUUAUGCAGUGUCACACAAAGUUGACAUGAUAAAAUUCUUCGACAAAGACAUCAUUGAAACUAUUCUGGAAUACUCUGACAGAAUCAAGUUGCUUGACCUGACAUUAGUUGAAAUAGCCCUUCUAAGAUUGAUCGUACUUACGUAUACAGAUCGAUGCACUUUGUCUGACCCUCAAAGAAUACAACAUUUACAAGAGAAAUAUGUGGAAUGUCUUCAGUACUAUCUCAACAAAAAUUCUCCAAACCCUGGACAGCGUCUCUACAAAUUGUUUAACCUUCUUUUGUCACUUCGUGACGUCACCGAUCUUAAUAUAAAAGCGAACAAAAAAUUCUUAAAUGAAUGGGACUUUGUUAUGCAUGACUAUCCGCUAUGGAAGGAAAUGCUCUCAUAUGAUGGUGAGUGAGCACGUGGACUUCACGUGGUCUAAACUCUGAUGACGCAGUCGAGCCUUCUUUUAAAUUAAUUGUGUCGAGCGAAUGAAAGGACUGAUACCGGAGAGUACGACUGUUUUUAAGUACGAAUGUGCAGUUGUAUUUUUCAUAGCUGUAGUAAGAUGACAAAUAAUCAGAAAAUAUUUUGCUUGUUUUCUUUUGUAUAUAACUAGAUCUUUUCUUAAUCUAAGUAGUAAGGUCUUAUUAUAUGUACAUGGGUAAAAACAGUGAAAUGUAUAUACAUUGUAUAUUUAGGGGGUGGGGGCAGGGAUAGUAGAAAAUACAUGUAAUGUAGAUCUUCUUUUUACAUGGUAUUAGUACAGUUAUUGUUUAUUAUAGCAAAAUUGUGGUAGCCACAUACCUUGUGAUUGUUUUCUUUGUACAUUUAUUGUUGAUCAAUGCGUAAGUUUUGGUGGUCCUAUACCUUUUGAUUUGGAUUUGUGUACUGUACAGUUGAACUGGUUUUUUACACACAUAUUAAGUUGUAUAUUAUAUCAUAAUA